AUGGAUUAUGGCAUCACUGGCAACACGGCGACAAGCGGUGCCAAGCAGAACAAUACUUGGGUCCAGUUCACGCUAUACAAACAAAACAUCAAUACAACAACAAAUGUUGCCGCAUCAACGACCGCAGCAAUUGGAGCAAGCCUAUGCUCCUCAUCAACAAGUAGCCGUUUUGAUCUCUGGAGUCGCGCCUAUGAGCUAGUCCAGCAACGAGAAGGCGAACUAAUGGAAGAGUAUCUAAAGUAUCUGGAUACUGUACUUAAAAAUGUCUCUCCUUCUACCGACAAAGACCUUCUUAAUCCCGAAUACAUUAAAUGUAUCGUGAAUCAGUUAUUUGAUUCCAGAGAAAAAGAUGGAAUUUACGUGCAAUUCCCAUCGGGCAAUACUGCAGCGCGAGAAGAGAUAGAGAAGCUCGCAAAGUUUCUCCUCUGGUCGGAUUCUAUUAUCAAGACGACAGUGAAUACUGAGCCCCACGCUGCUCUAGCAUACUCUGGCGUCUCUUUAUUCUUCUUUGCUCUCGCUAAAUCCCCAGUCUACAAUAAGGCAAUGCUGGAGGGCUUCAAUACACUCAGCAACAUGCAAAUAUUCUGGAAGGCAUGCGAAGAGACAUAUCUUAUAUCGUCGGGCUCACAAAUGAACCAUGCCCUAAAAGAUUCCCUGGAGGAGCUAUACUCCUUUAUGAUCGAAUACCAGGCUCGCAUUAUAUGCCACAUCACCAUACUGCCAGUUUCUCGCAUUCUAAAGUGGGUGGCUGGAUCUGAUGACUGGACUGAAAUGAUGCGGCGAAUUCAGAAUUCAGAACAGAGUUGCCUGGUAUAUAUCACUGAAGGGGAAAAGGCCGAGAUCCAUCGAAUGGGAAAAGCUCAGUUGGGGGCGAUUCAAAAACAGGUGACUCUACAAGAGGAGUUGCUUCAAGACAUCAAAAACAAUAAACAGGACGAUAUAGAACGGAAACUUCUUGGCGACCUUUCAUCAGUAUCAGGCGACUACGCGAGAUAUAAAAAUAUCAACCCAGAGAGAGUCCCCGGCACUUGUGAGUGGUUCUUGGCGGAUGACCGGUUCUGCGAAUGGCGAAAUAGCCAAACUGGAGCGCUUUUAUGGGCCUCGGCAGGUCCUGGAUGUGGGAAAUCAGUCCUGUCGAGAUGCCUGAUCGACGAAGGCCAUUUAACUCCAGAUUCUAUGAUUACCAUCGAGUCGUCAGUCAUUAAGGCUUCCCAGAAACCAUCGGUCGUUUGUUACUUCUUCUUCAAAGAGGGGCAAAUGGACGGCUCUCACGCUUUAUGCGCAAUAUUACACCAGCUAUUUCAGCACCCUUCAACUUCCAAUCUAAUCAAUCAUGCGCUUCCGAGCCACAAGAGUCACGCAAAGUCUCUGACACAAAGGAUGGAAGUACUAUGGAAAAUAUUGGUCGAUUGUGCAGAAUCUUCCCCAGCAGAUAUCAUUUGCGUGCUCGAUGCCCUGGAUGAGUGCGGAGGAGACAGUGCACAGCAAUUAUUGGGCAUGAUUAAGAGAUGUUAUUCUCAGCAUGAUCAGUUGCUAAGGCCCUCUAAUUUAAAGUUUUUGAUCACCAGCCGCCCGUAUGAUAAUCUAAAAGGUUUAUUCGACACACUUCAAUCAGUCGCAACCUACAUGCAUUUCGACGGUGACGAGAAUGAGAAGUCGAGUCAAAUUGGUGAAGAAAUAAACCUUGUGAUUGAUGCUAAGGUUAGAAACAUUGCAGGACUCUUUUCAGACGAGGACCGAGAUAGAAUUUCGAAACGCCUCAAGCACAUGGAGAACCGGACAUAUCUCUGGCUACACCUAACGUUCAAUCUCAUUGAGAAGAAGAGGGGCGCAUUUGGCAGAAAAACAGAUAUAGAGAAGCUUCUAGACGAGCUACCAUCUCAAGUAGCUGAUGCAUAUGACAAAAUCCUUUCCAAAAACCAAGACGAAAAGAAGGUCAAGGCUCUGCUGCAAAUUGUUUUAGCUGCGACACGGCCGCUGACGCUGGAUGAGGCCAACAAUGCUCUCGCACUCGCUCUAGAGGAAGGGAAUUUUCCAGCAUAUGCAACUCUGCAAGAGAAACUAUGGCCACAGGAUGGUUUUGAAACGAUAGUGCAGAAUUUGUGCGGCCUCUUCAUCAGAAUCCACGACUCAAAGCUGUCGUUUAUCCACCAAACAGCGAGAGAAUUCUUAGUCUCUCGACACCAAACAGGGAGAAAAGUCUUAGUCUCUCGAGAGCGGACAGGGACAUGGAAGAAUCGACUAUACUUGUCAGAGUCACACGGCAUCUUAUCUAGAGCGUGCAUCAAUUAUUUACAGAUACUUGAUUGUGAUUGCGAAAAUCCAAUGGAAGAGUAUCCCCUUUUCGAUUACGCCGCUCGCAAUUGGUCUUUGCAUUUUCGUUUGCAAGAUGCAGCCUCUACCGACAUCCUUCGAAAGCCUGCACGUCAGUUGUGUCACAUAUCUUCACCACAGGCUCGAUUUUGGGUCAACCAAUGCACUGUUUUGAGCCUUGAAGAUCCGGCCGAUUUACAUGUUGCAGCUGAGUUGGGCCUGGCUGCAGUUGUGCAUGACGUCCUAGUGCAUGAACACGCCAACGUGAACGAAGGAAGAGGCUACUACGGGGACGACGUUACGCCGCUCUAUCUAGCUCUAGUGGAGGGCCAUGUAGACGUGGUGGAAGUCCUCCUAGAUCCUGCGCAUAGAGCCAAGGUUGAUAAAUAUGACGUUAUAGCUGCGGUGAGGCAUGACUCAAAUGCAGAAGCAAUGAUGACGCUGCUUCUUGACAAGCGCGGCAGGAACAUCAAGAUUACAGAGGGAAUUCUGGAAAGCACAGUAGCGAACAGGCAGUGUGGGAGAGCAGUCUUGGCGUUGUUGCUCAAGAGGCGUGGCAACAAAAUCAGAAUUACAGAAUCUGUGGUCGAAGAGGCAGCUAAACGUGGGUCAAUUGAGACCAUGUCUCUGCUCUUAGAUGAGCGUGGCAGGAACAUCAAGAUCACAGAAGAUAUUUUGAUAUUUGCAUUGAAAUACAACGAGAGGGAACUGCUUGCUCUGCUUCUGAAGCGCGAGGCCGAGAUCACAGAAGCAGUGCUCAUUAAAGGAUUGAAUUUAGAUCGUCUUAAACAUUUAGAUCUUAUUCUGGAUCAUUCCGAUGAAAUCAAGAUUACAGAGGAAAUGGUUCAAGCUGCAGCAAGAAAUUAUUACGGGCCACAGGUACUCCAAUUGCUUCUUGAAAAGCGUGGGCAUGAUAUUACAGUCACAAAGGACAUCCUUAAGGCUGCAGCAGAUAGUCAUCAUGGGCCGGAAGCGAUAAUCCUACUGCUUGAUAAGUAUGGGCAUCAGUUUAGCAUUACAGAUGAUAUUGUCGAAUCUGCAGUGGCUAGGACCUAUCGCGCGAAAGAAGUUUUAUCGCUGCUGCUUGAUAAGCGCGGGCAUGAGUUUAGCAUUACAGAUGAUAUUGUCAAAUCUGCAGUGGCUAGGACCUAUCGCGCGAAAGAAGUUUUAUCGCUGCUGCUUGAUAAGCGCGGGCAUGAGUUUCAAAUUACAAAUGAUAUUGUCAAGUCUGCAGUGGCUAAUGAGUGUCUCGCGAAAGAAGUUUUAUCGCUGCUGCUUAACCAGCGCGGGCAUGAGUUUACUAUCACAGAAGAUAUUGUUAAGUCAGCAGUGGCUAAUGAGGGUGAUCAAUGGCCUAGUUCGGAUGAUAAUAUCCUGGAAAUGGUAACCCUGCUGCUCGACAAGCGCGGGCAUGAGUUUAUCAUUACAGAGGAGAUAAUCAAGGAAGCAGUACAGAACCGGUGGAAUGGGGUGGCAAUAGUAACUAUACUGCUUGACAGACGCGGUGAUGAGAUUAAGAUCACAAAGGACAUCAUUAAAGAGGCGCGAAGGUUUGGGAACAAGGAGAUGCAGAACCAAAAAGGAGGGGAAUGGACAUAUGAAAGGAAGAAGAACAAGGUUGGACCAGGUAGGCAAAUGGAUGCGAUGGAAAUUUUAGAAGCGUUGGGCCAGUAA